AUGGUUUGGCUCUACCACAAGAAGCCCGGCCAGCCGGCCCACAAAGAACCUUCUUUCAGGGAGGACGGUAGGUGUGCUGAGCAGAAGGUCAUGGCCGAAAAAACCAAAGUCCCUGCUGAGUUCAAGAUCAACUAUCUGGAGGAGAACAAGUUCUCUGUGCUCGACACGGACUACGACAACUACCUGUUCUUCUGUAUGGAGAGCACAGGCGCCGCCCAGCCGAGACUGACGUGCCAGUACCUGGCCAGGACCCUGAAGGUCGACAACGAGGUCGUGCAGAAAUUCGACAGAGCCCUCAAGACCCUGCCCGUGCACAUCCGGCUCUUCUUCAGCCCGACGCGGGUAGAAG